AUGAAGUGUAAUCGAAUCACCAUGCAAAUGUUUAAACGACGUCCGGUUUUAUUGAACUAUUCUGCACAAAUAAGAAAUUUGCAUCUCCAUGAAUAUCAAUCGUUACAAUUAAUGCAAAAGUAUGGUGUAAUAUCACCACUUUAUGCCACAAUAUCCAGUUGUGACGAUGUAAAGCAAGCAUAUAAAACCUUCAAUACGUUAUCUGAUGUUAUGGUUAAGGCACAAGUCCAUGCAGGGGGACGAAAAUUAGGUUAUUUUAAGGAAAAUGGUUUUCAAGGAGGUAUUCAUCAUGCUACCUGUGAAGAGCAAGUGUUAGACUUAUGCCAGAAAAUGUUACAUAAAACACUUAUCACAAAACAAACAGGAACGGAAAAAGAACUGUAUUUUGCAAUUCUAAUGGAUCGUCAAACAGCGACACCUUUAUUGAUUGGUAGCACACAAGGUGGAACAAGUAUUGAAACAAUUUCUGAAAAAUUUCCUGAAUCUAUCAUUAAGCUCCCUGUUGAUAUCAAUAAGGGAUUAGAGGAUACUAGCCUUCACGAGUUUGUGGAAAAUCUUAAUAUAUCAAAGAAUUUGCUACCAAACGCGACGCACACUAUUAAAGGGUUAUAUCAAAUGUUUUUAGAAAAAGAUUGUUCUCUGGUUGAAAUCAAUCCUUUCGCAGAAACUAACGAUGGACGUCUUCUUGUAUGUGAUGCUAAAGUCACUUUUGAUGAUAACGCAAAAUUUCGACAAGCGGACAUUUUUAUGUGUCAGGAUGAAACGCAAGAAGAUUCCGACGAGUUGCAGGCUACCAAAUUAGGGUUAAACUAUGUUUCUUUAAACGGAUCUAUAGGGUGUAUUGUAAAUGGUGCGGGUCUUGCUAUGGCGACCAUGGAUAUUUUAAAAUAUCAUCAAGGUGAACCAGCCAAUUUUCUUGAUGUUGGAGGUGGCGCCAAUGUUUCUCAAAUAGUUCAAGCAUUCACGCUUUUACAAAAUAACCAAAAUGUGAAAGUUAUUUUUGUUAACAUUUUUGGAGGUAUUAUGCGCUGUGACAUUAUUGCACAAGCUAUUGUCACUGCUUUUAAACAAACGCAACUUACAAAACCAUUACUUGUACGCUUAGAAGGUACUAAUAAAAGCGACGCUAAGGAAAUAUUAAAUCAGUCAGGUCUUUGCGUCAUGACUGAAGAUGAUUUUCAAAAAGCUGCUAAAACUGUUGUGGCAUUAGCUCGUUCGACCAAUUACUAAAAAAGUUUGCUUUUUGAAUGCAUUUCUUCCUUUGAUUAAACAAAACAGUUUUGGAUGAUC